AUGAAGCUUCUACUUAGUCUGACCUCUUCGGCGAUCACCACGGCCAUACUCGGGAAUGCCGCUAUCGACUUACUUGAUCCUCCCUGUGACUUCCUCCUUCGCAGCUCCCACACCAUGCUCACUCGCUCUGUUCAGAGGCAGUUGCCUCGGUAUUUUGGCUCCUUUCCGCUCCGCUCGCUUUCAACUACCCCAACCACGCAUGAUGCCAACCCCUCGACCGAUACCACGCCCGCAAGACCGCACACCAUCGAUCCGCGAUGGCUUACAAUGAUAAAGAGACGGGUCGGGAAGUGCAUGAUGUUUGGGCUGAAACCGGAACAGGUGGAAGAAGGCGGCAAGAUCAUGCAGCUCUUAGCGCGCAACUGGCGAGAAUUGCUAGCUGGAAGCGAAGGAUUCUUGACCGACGAGAAGAGGCGGAGCUUGUUCCGACAUAACGUUGUAUGGGGUGAACAGAGCUUUUCUGCAGGACAUGUCAACAAUGUCACUUAUGCCAGAUACGCAGAGACGGCGCGCGUAAAUUGGACCCGCAACAUUGGCAUCCACAUUGAUCCUGCUAAUAAGAAAGCUUGGUUAAAUCUCCUCAAUUCAACAGGCAUUGGAUUGAUCCUGCGAAGCAUAAAGAUUGACUAUAAAUUUCCCAUGAAGUCGCCCGAUAAGAUUACUGUCUAUCAAAAGCUUAUCCCCGAUCCGUCGUCACAUCUCGCUUCACAAUCCGCCUUCCAGCUUCAGGUUAUGAUCUUGUCAGAGGCUCACCAACGACCUGCUGCUCGCUGCCACGAGGACAUCGUGACGUAUGACUAUAAGAAGAACCAGAAGACUCCCGAGUUACCCCCUUUCUUAUAUGACCAAUUUAAGGUCAUUUGGGAGCUCCAGGAAAAGUCCAAAUUAGAAUGGCAGCAGAAGAUCCUCAAAAUUGAGAAUCGAGUGCGGACUCUCGAGGUUGAAAGUUGGGACCGCCCCGAUGCCGUCGAGGAUACUGGGUCAGCAAAGCAAUAG